AUACGAUCAACCAGAGGAAGCAACUGAAGCUUCCUGCCCUCGCGCCUCCUGCUGCUGCUGCCGAGGAGGAGGCUCUGAUCCAUAGGCGCGCGCGCAUGGCGGCGCAGGAGGCGUCGCAGCCCAUCCGGUGGCGCUACGGCGGCGACGUGGAGGACGGCAACUUCUCCGUGCGCGGCGUGCCGGUGCUCGUGGCGCUCGUCGCCAUCCUCGUCUGCUUCGUCUGCGUCUGCCUCUACCUCCGCUGGGCGUGCCGCCGCUACAGCCCCGACCCGACACUUCCCUCCUACUCCUCCUCCUCGUCGGCGACCGGUGGUGCCCUCUCGAGGGUCGGCCUCGACGCUGCCGCGGUGGCCAGCUUGCCCGUGACGCUGUACCGUCGUCCCCCGGACGGCGAGGGCGCUGACGCGGCGCAGUGCCCGAUCUGCCUGGGCGAGUUCGAGGAGGGCGAGGAGGUGAAGGCGCUGCCGCCGUGCGGGCACCGCUUCCACCCGGACUGCGUCGACGCGUGGCUGCGGUCGCAGCCCACCUGCCCGCUGUGCCGGGGCGAGCUUCUUGCAGACACCACCAACAAAACUGACGCCGGGAGCGAGGCUGUCUGAUUGAUCAUCAUCUAGGAAAGGAACUGCGCAACAGUGCGACUGAUUUUGGAGCCCCCGCUUCGGGAUGGACCUGUCUGCCAUGCCGGGAAGCGGCCGUGCGCAUUCGCCUGAGCCGCCGGUGUUCAGUUCAGUUCAGUUCAGUUCAGGCUAUGGUGGCGUUUUCCUUGUUGAGUUUUUACAUCGAUUAGCAACAUGUAACAGAGACAAUUUUGCACCUUUUUUUCUCUUGAGAAAACAAAUUUUGCAUCUUUUGAUGACCGUUUGCAGCACCUGGGGCACCUUUCGCCCCUUUUUCCAAUGUGGGUUGAAGGACUAGGGAUGACUUUCCAAUGUGGGUUAAACAAAUGCCAAUAUAGAGCACUUGAACCUCA